AUGGCCACUGUAUGUGAUGACCCCCACCUGGGGGCAGGCCCAUCCGAGGACUGCGACAUCCUCCUGGAUGAUUCAGACUCAGACAGUGUGCUUUCUGAUGACUCAGUGCUUCCUGACUAUGACAUGGAUGAAAAUCCCACAGAGCCGGCUAGAACACUGUACGAGGCCUGUGCCAGGAACGACCCCACGUCCCUGAGCAGCAUCCUGGAGAGAGGAGUCACUAAAGAAGAGGCCAAUGAGCAGGAUAUCAAUGGCAGGAACGGACUUAUGUUGGCUGUGGCAAAGGGUUUCGUCGAUAUUGUCACCAUGCUGCAUACAUGUCCAUUAAUAGACAUCAACCACCAAGAUAGUGAUGGUAAUACUGCCCUCAUGAUUGCUGCCCAGGCAGGCUUCAUCACCAUUCUGAACUAUAUCAUUAACUUCUACUCUGGCGUGGACACUGAGGUCAGGGAUCCCCGUGGCUUCACUGCCCUCAUCAAGGCAGGCCUGCAGGGCAGACAGGAGUGUGUGUCUGCCCUGCUAAUGCAUGGUGCUGAUAUGAAUGCAGUAGACAUGGUGCAAGGGAGAGGCCUGAAGGAUUGGGUCCUGAGGACAGGAAGGUUUGAAACUUUGAACAGAAUACGCCGUCUGCAGGCUCAUCCUGUCGCUGAGCAUUUCUGUGAAAGCUACAUCCCUGAGUGGCCUCAGCUGAAGCAACUGGUGGAAAAGGCCACCGCCCCAAAAACAACCAGUCAGAGACUGAGGCAGCGUCUAAAAGACAGCCUUACUUUCAGCUUCCCUCAGGACCCACAAGACAAUGGGGUCAUGGACUAUAUGGUGCGAAUGACCACUAGCAUCCACAGCCCCCUGAUAGCCAUUGGCUGCCGUCCUUUCUGUCCCACCAGUCCUCCAGAGAUUGGCAAGCGACGGUUUGCCGUGCCUGAACUGCUUGAAAAGCACAGCAUCAAGGAGCUGGAGGAGAGCACAGUAUCCCACAGCAACGGCUCCAUCACCUCAGCUUCUCCUACCACUGUGUCAGCCACCUCCAUAUCUCUGACCUCCUGCUGCCAGGACUCCAACCGCAGGGAGAGCCAGGCCUCAGGUGGCAUGAAAAGCUUCAUUCCCCGCAGCAUGGCACACAGGAACAGCAUCUUCCCCUCGGGCUGUAUCCCUAAGAUUGAAGUGACAAGAUCUGGCGAGCCCACUCCAAAGAAAGAGAAGAAGAAGAAAAGGGAGAAGGGCUACCUGGAGCCUCCUGUCUGGAAGUACAAGGAAGCCAAGGAAGAGAAAAAAAGAGCGAAGAAGCAGGAAAAGCAAAAAGAGCAAGAUAAAAAGUCCAAGGGGUCCAAACGUUCAUCAAGCCAAAAAUGA